GUUGCAAUACAACAGCUCAUCUUGCUGCGAUGAGCUACGUCCAAUCACAGGUGCCUUACUCGAUCAUAGCGACGAGUCCCGCCAUGGCUGGAGAUCACGGGCCAGAGUCGGCGCUCGCCAUGGAUAAGAAGGGCCUCCUCGUGGAAGAUGAAAUGCAAGAUAUCGAAAAAGAGGCCCACGUCCGGAAUCUGCCAAGGCUGGUUGGGGAGCUUCCCUCUGAUCGCGCUGCUCGCCGCCGGGGGCUGGAAAGCCGUCUCCGCAUCGCCCACGCCAAGGUGGCCGCAAUCACGGAGCGACCUUUGAUACAUGGUAGGUGUGCCAUUCUCGGCCUCUUAGUACUAGCAUCGAUCCGCGCUGCAGCUGCCAUGCAGGGCAACAUCCCGGGAUAUUCGGUGUAUGCCAUGCACUUUCUCACCACAUCGUCCGAUGUGAUAUGUGUGGUGUGCAGUUUGCCGCUUUUUGCGUUUGGUGCACGAGGACUCUGUGUGCAGAAGGGCUGUCUUGGGCCAAUGCUGACACUGGUCUUCGCGAUGUCCCUGGUGGACAUCAGUGCCUUCGGCGCGUACCUUUUAGUUGCCACACCUCGACCACUGGCACCUGGCUCCAGAUCGGUUGUGGAUGUGAUGGAAGCUAUGGUGGGUGUUUGGGAGUGGGCGCUUCUGGCAUCGGUGGCUCUGCAAACGGCGCUUUGCGCCUCAAGCUGGCGCAUCUACCGCGCCCUGCGCAUGGCUGGGCUGUAUGCGCCAGAGAAGCCAUCAGACGUCGCAAGAGACCGGCAGAAGGAGAUCUCUGUACUGGAGAUUGUUUGCGAAGCUGAGGACAUUGACAGCUUGGAGCAGAUGGAGUUCCCCUGCUGCGAGGCGAAGAGCGACUUGUCCGAGGUCAUCAUCGACACCCGCGCUAGCAUAGAGUCUGCAAAGUCACACAACGGGACCAAUGGGUGAGUUAAUUCUCAGUGCAUCUGGGCUCUCAUUUGUCCCUGCUUCGGCUCUUGACAAUGGUCAAAGAGAGCUGUUGCGGUUGGAUUUGUUUGAGGACUCGUUUCACUGCAUGAAGCUACGGCCGCACGCGCCAACAUAAGGCUUUCAGAUCCC